CGUUUUCAACAGCCGAUGGCGACUCCACAAACAAGUUCGUAUCGUAGCAAGCAUUGCUUGGAAAAGCGUCAGAAUGAGUCGCAGAAAAUUCUGCAGAAAUACCCAGAGAGGAUCCCAGUGAUCGCAGAGAAGCAUGACAGAAGCGAGUUGCCGGAUAUUGAAAAACAGAAGUUUUUGGUUCCGGGAAACAUGCUCUGCGGUGAAUUCAAGUACAUAGUUCAUAAGAGUAUCUUCAGGCCUGAUACGGUUGAUGCGCAGUCGGAAGAAAACGGCAGAGAUGCGGCAAUUAAGCACUCGUCUAACGAGACUAUUUACCUUUUUGUUGGGAAGAACGUCGUGCCCAAAACCGGAGAUACCAUGAACGAAUUAUAUGAGAAGUUCAAAGAUGAGGAUGGUUUUCUGUAUGUCACGUACAGCAGCGAGAACACGUUGGGCCAGUGGUAGCAGUUGCGAUGUGCAUGACGGCUAUUAAGUGGAUG